CUUAUUUCUGUUUUUUAUCACUUAUUUUUUUUCUUCUUCCUUUCUUUUCACUCUUCUCCUUGUUUUCUUUCUUCCUUUCUUUCUUAAACGUUAACAGCUGGUCUGUUUUUUUAUUAUUAUUAUUAUUUUAUACAUAGUUCUGUUUAUAUAUAUACCUUUUAUUCUUCCUUUUUAUUGUACAUGAUGUCUUUUGAUUCUGUGAAUUCCCAAAUGACAAGUCAAUUUAGUCGUCUUCAUCUUCAAGAAACUGGACUUACUCCUGAAAAGAAAUUGACUCGUCUUGAAAUUGAUAAUGCUUAUCUUACUCAACAAAAUGAACAUCUUCAACGAGAAUUAUCAUUUGCACGUUACACUAUUAACGCCCUCAAAACUAUUACUCAACAAAAAGAUACUACACUUCAAGAUACUAGAAUGGAAUUGGAAAGAGCUUAUUUACGUAUUAAAAUGCUGGGCAUAUCUAUGAUGCGUCAACAACAAGAUCUUAUCUAUCAUCAACAACAACAACAACAACAACAGGCUGGUCCAGGUGAUACAAUGAUAGAAGAAGAAAAACCCAUGUUGAUCAUGGAUGCUGAUUCCUCUGAUGAUCAACAAGAACUUUCUGAUGAAGAAGAAACUACUCAACGUCGUCCUUUAUCAAGUAUUAUGACCAAGCUUCCUUUACGUCAACAUCCUGCUAUGGUCUAUGAAAAUCAAUCUCAUCAAUCUUUAUCUAGUCCACCUACUUCCCCUUUGAAUUUGUAAAUAGUUUAUAUAAACAUUCUUCCCCUUUUUAUAUAAAAAAAAAAAAAGAAAAAAAAACUCCUCGUUUAUGUAUUCCUUUUUUUUUCUAUAUAUAUUAUUCUUUAUUGUUAUAGUCGAUCUUGAUCGUACUUUUCUUCUUUUUUAUUGUUAUAAAAUUAUCAACAUAUUUUGAAAUAAAAAAUAAACAAGAUGUCUUUAUUGAUUAAAGACAAUUUUUAAAAAAUGAAA